GGACCAUUACAUUUGUGACCCCCACCACAUGGUUUGGUCCCCGUGGACAUAUAAUACACUAUUAGGCUGUACAAACCAUCUCUCUCCCCGGCAUGUUUAAGUGAGGAGUGUGGAGCCAUUCACGACUCAACCAAUGUCCGCUCCGCAGUGAGUCAUGUGACAUGGACAAACAUGAUCACCUGGCCAUUCCGGGUUGCCAGAUUGGAGUCAUUCCAUACAGCACGAGUCCGGCUGUUUUAAAACCUCCUACUUUCACUGAAUCAUUGUAAAAUCUUAAAAUGACAUUAUGUGGCGUACAGGAAUAGCAGUAAAUAAAAAUAAAAUCAUUACUAUUCCAGAAAAGGGGUUUAAAAAGGCCAGUAGGGUAGGAAACCCGAUCAAUCUGGCAACACAGUGAGCGAGGCAAAUCCGAAGCGCUUGUAACCGCGCCGUGCAGCUCCUGCUCCUCAGCACCAUGCCGUCCCCGAUCCCCGUGACACGCCUUCUCCCGAGAGACUUCGGUCUCACGCUGGGCGUCUGCAGCAGCCCACUCACUAAACAGGCAGGGGACGCGACCCUUCGUGUGCCGGUCACCGCGUUUCACGGGAAGCUCGCGUGCAGACUCUGGUCUUCUGUGAUCCACUGGCGCGAGCUCUGUGAUCUGGAGCCCAUCGGCUCCGGUGGAUUUGGCUUGGUGUUCAGAGCCACGUACUUCGGUGAGACGGUGGCGGUGAAGCGCGUCAAGUGCGCCAAGAACAAACUGGCUUCGCGGCAGAGUUUCUGGGCCGAGCUGAACGCGGCGCACCUGCGGCACGAGAACCUGGUGCGGGUGAUCGCCGCCAGCACGCAGGCCAACGGCGACGACCUCUUGGGCGCGAGCGGCGACAGCGUCAUCGGCACCAUCAUCAUGGAGCACGCGGGCGAUGUGAACCUGCAGCAGGUGAUCUACAGCGCCGCCGAGCCGCUGCGCCCCGAAUCCUGCGUGCGUUACGCAGCCGACGUGGCGCGCGCCCUUCGCCACCUGCACGCCCACGGCGUCGUGCACUUGGACCUGAAACCCGCAAACGUCAUCGUGUCCCGAACGGGCGUGUGCAAGCUGGCGGAUUUCGGGUGCUCGUUAAAAGUGGAGCUCGAGCGCGAUCGCCAUGCCUCGCCUCGCCAGAUGGAGAUCGGCGGCACGUACACGCACCGAGCGCCCGAACUCCUCAGGGGAGAGGACGCAACGCCUGGCGCGGACGUCUACUCUUUCGGCGUGACUCUCUGGCAGCUGCUCACGCGCGAGCAGCCGUAUGAAGGAGAGCGACAGCACAUCCUGUAUGCCGUGGUCGCCUUCAGCCUGCGCCCUGAUCUAAACAAGCACGUGUUCAGCCCGUCCGGACCGGGCCGCUCGUUUAAGGAGCUCCUCAGUCGGUGCUGGAGCGCGGAACCGAGCCACAGACCGAGCGCAGAGCAGCUCCUUACAGAGCUCUCCGACUUUCCACCAUGAUCUCCAGCCCAGUGUAAAACCUUCUCCUGUCUGAUAGAAACGCCACCUGUUUGCCCUGAUGCAGUUUUCAUAGCGGCUCCUACGAUCUUCACACACUGUGUAAUCCUGUCUCAUAUUGAAGUCGGAUUGUGAUGGUGGAUGUAGCUCAAGACUCAGAGGACCCUUCUAUUAUUUUAAUAUGAUCUUAAAAUAUUCUUUGCAAUGGCCCCUUUUUGUCUAUAAUUAUUGUAAAUAAGUGUCGAGAUGUAUAAAUAUAAUUUGUGUAAAUGUGCAUUGAUGUUUUAUAUUUUUUCAAAUGGAUUUGAUUAAAACUUUUUUCUUGUACACAUUAGUCUUUCUAAAUUAGAUCAGAUGCAUCUUCUGUAUCUCUGUUCUUUAUCUAAAGCUAGUGGUUGUGUGUUGCAGUACUGGGGGAGUCAUGGCCAUGCAGAGUUCAUCCUGUUACUGAUACACACCUGAUCCAACUAAUCAGCUACCAGUUAAACCCUCCUCGAGCUGGAGCAGGUGUGCUGGUCCCCACAAGGCCAGAGAUCUCCCUCUUCAUAAUUUCAAAUCUCUCUGGACAGAUUCUAGAUGCAAGAUUUUACAUGACUCCAUACUAACAUAAUAUUAAGACUGUGUGGUUAAAGCAUGUUAUAUUGGCAGGGAAUUCCUUUUCAGUGCUGGCCAUUUCUGUACCUCUCACACAUUUAGGACCAAGCCCACUUUAAGCUACAGCUAAAAUUUGUAAGGAUCCAAAAAUCACUAAAACAUCCCACAUGAUGAAAUAAAACAAGUUCUACAUCACAUCUUUAAACUGCACUUACGCUUUACUAAAAACAUGAGUGAUCAAUCUUUAAUGUACCAAAAUAAAAGGCCAACAAUUCCAAUUUUGGAGGGAAAAAAAAAAAAGCAAGACAAAGAAGGCAUUUUGUCCCAAAAAUAUUCAGACUACACUACCUAUGUCUUGCACACGUCAGAGCCUGCAGCUGCAGCCGUAUUUAACACGCCACAAUGGUCCUGCUUUGGAGUGUGUGAAUGUAACUGGGGGAAAAAAAAAAAAAAAAAGAAUCUGACGUGCUCGGGCAGAAGACCAAAGUUCCUGCUAUUGUUUGUCAGUUUGACAUCAGCACAAUUAGAUUUCACAAGAUGACUGUACAGGCUUACAACAUACAAAAGAAAACUAUCUGAGUUUGAAAAACAAAUGUUAUGAAUCACCAUCAUUAACAUAUUAAUAAUGUUAAUAUAAUUACUUUAAUACCUACAAGGCUGCAUUUUUUGUUGUUCAAGCUUAGAACACCAACCCUUAAAAAAAAAAAAUUCACAGUCUCCAGUGAGUAGUAUA